CUGGGAGAUCACAUGACCCGCAUCAGCUGACCCGUCACGGUGGCGCUCAGCUCUGGCGCUCUGCGCUCCACGCCCCGCUGCGCCCCGGAACGCAGGACCCUGCAGAGGGGUAAGAGGAGCCUCAGGCCUUCUCUCCUUUGUAGCUGGUUCGCCCAGUUACCUGCACCCCAACUCUCGCUCCUCGCCCAUCCCAAUCUUCCCGGCCUGGCACCCCGGAAGCCACUGCGAGGAGGGCCGUGGCCAGGCUCAGCCUCGCGUUGCCCCCAGGGGGCCAGGACCAGAUGGCCCAGGGGAGCAGAGGACGGAAAGUGGUUCUUACAGCAGGAUCCGAGGGCUGGUCUCCAUCCCCAGGACCUGACAUGGAGGAGCUUCUCCGGAGCGUGGAGAGAGACCUGAACAUCGAUGUCCGGCAGCUGGCUCCGGCACCGGGGGGCACGCACGUGGUGGCCCUAGUGCCCGCGCGUUGGCUGGCUUGUCUCCGCGAGCGCCGCCUGGGACCCUGUCCCCGGGCCGAGGGCCUGGGUGAAGCGGAAGUCAGGACUCUACUGCAACGUUCGGUACAGAGGCUGCCCCCGGGGUGGACGCGAGUGGAGGUGCACGGGCUGAGGAAACGGAGACUGUCCUACCCGCUGGGUGGAGUCCUGCCCUUUGACGAGGGGUCCUGUAACCCCGAGACACUCACGCGUUUCAUGCAGGAGGUGGCUGCCCAGAAUUACCGGAACCUGUGGCGCCAUGCAUACCGUACUUAUGGGCAGCCCUAUAGCCAUAGCACUGCCCCCUCAGCUGUACCUGCUCUAGACUCUAUAAGACAGGCUCUACAGAGGGUCUAUGGAUGCACCUUCCUGCCAGUGGGUGAAUCCAUCCAGUGUCCAUCAAAUGUCAGAGAUGGGCCCAGCCCCUCUCGGGGCAGCCCUACCUGCCCCAGCCUUUUGCGAGCUGAGGCCCUUCUGGAGUCACCCGAAAUGCUGUAUGUGGUACACCCUUAUGUACAGUUCUCCCUGCAUGAUGUAGUUACCUUCAGCCCUGCCAAGCUGACCAACAGCCAAGCCAAGGUGCUUUUUAUUCUGUUCCGGGUCCUCAGGGCCAUGGAUGCCUGUCACCGCCAAGGGCUGGCCUGUGGGGCCCUGUCUUUGCACCACAUUGCUGUGGACGAGAAGCUUUGCAGUGAGCUUCGGCUGGACCUGAGUGCUUAUGAGAUGCCUUCUGAGGAUGAGAACCAGGAGGUCUCUGUAGAGAAAAACAGGACAGGUGUUAAAUCUGAAAAAGAGGAGGCAGGGAGACCCGCAUGUCCCACCUGCCGGAAGGAACUUAAGGGCCUUGUGCUGGACUGGGUCCAUGGCCGAAUCAGCAACUUCCACUACCUCAUGCAGCUGAAUCGGUUGGCAGGUCGACGACAGGGAGAUCCCAACUAUCACCCAGUGCUGCCCUGGGUGGUAGACUUUACCACGCCCUAUGGGCGCUUCCGGGACCUUCGUAAAUCCAAGUUCCGACUCAACAAGGGAGAUAAGCAAUUGGACUUCACCUAUGAGAUGACACGGCAGGCAUUUGUAGCAGGUGGUGCAGGAGGUGGGGAGCCACCUCAUGUUCCUCAUCACAUCUCUGACGUCCUCUCUGACAUCACAUACUAUGUAUACAAGGCUCGGCGCACACCCCGCUCAGUACUCUGUGGACAUGUCCGAGCACAGUGGGAGCCCCAUGAGUACCCUGCCACUAUGGAGCGGAUGCAGACCUGGACACCUGAUGAGUGCAUCCCUGAAUUCUACACGGAUCCUUCUAUCUUUCGCUCCAUCCACCCUGACAUGCCUGACCUGGAUGUGCCAGCCUGGUGCAGUUCUAACCAGGAGUUUGUGGCUGCCCAUAGAGCGCUGCUGGAGAGCUGGGAGGUGUCCCAAGACCUGCACCAUUGGAUUGACCUUACCUUCGGCUACAAACUCCAGGGCAAAGAGGCUGUGAAGGAGAAGAACGUAUGUUUGCACCUGGUGGAUGCCCACACCCACCUGACCAGCUAUGGUGUCGUACAGCUCUUUGAUCAGCCACAUCCCCAGCGCCUAGCUGGGGCUCCUGCCCUGGCCCCUGAGCCCCCACUCAUCCCCCGGCUAUUGGUCCAGCCCAUUCAGGAGGCCACAGGCCAGGAGGACAUUCCAGGACAACUUAUAAAUGGGGUGGGCAGGCUUGUUUUAGAGGCCACUCCGUGUGAGACUGGCUGGACUAGAGACAGGCCCAUGACAGGGGAAGAUGACUUAGAGCAGGCUACGGAAGCUCUGGAUUCUAUCUCCCUCCCUGGGAAAGCAGGUGACCAGUUGGGCUCUUCCUCCAGUCAAGCCUCACCUAGCCUGUUGUCUUUUUCAGCAACCUCAGGCUCUCGACCAGGCCGCAGAAGCAAAGCUGGUGGGUCAGACCCUGGGGAGGGCGAAGAGGGGAAGAUUGCUCUUCCUGAGGGCUUCAGUCCUAUCCAGGCCUUGGAGGAGCUGGAGAAAAUGGGUAACUUCCUAGCUAAAGGCCUAGGGAGCCAGCUGGAGGUACCCGAACAGCCUCAGGUCCAGCCACCUGUGCACCUACAGAACCUCUUCCAUCGAGACAUGCAGGUGCUGGGUGUCCUGUUGGCUGAGAUGGUGUUUGCCACCAGGGUCCGGACACUGCAGCCCGAUGCACCUUUGUGGGUACGCUUUGAGGCUGUCCGGGGUCUCUGCACACGCCACUCCAAGGACAUUCCUGUGUCUUUGCAGCCUGUGCUGGACACACUUCUGCAGCUGAGUGGACCCAAAAGCCCCACAGUGGUGAAGAAGGGCAAGCUGGACCCACUGUUUGAGUACAGGCCCGUUUCCCAGGGCUUGCCCCCACCCAGCCCAGCUCAGCUCCUCAGCCCCUUCAGCUCUGUGGUCCCUUUCCCUCCAUACUUUCCAGCACUGCACAAGUUCAUUCUGUUGUAUCAGGCGAGGCGUGUGGAGGAUGAGGCCCAGGGACGGGAACUGGUGUUUGCUCUAUGGCAGCAACUGGGUGCAGUGCUAAAUGACAUCACUCCUGAGGGCUUGGAGAUCCUGUUGCCUUUCGUGCUGUCACUCAUGUCUGAGGAACACACAGCUGUGUAUACAGCCUGGUACCUAUUUGAACCCGUUGCCAAGGCUCUGGGCCCCAAAAAUACCAAUAAGUACCUCCUGAAGCCCCUCAUCGGUGCCUAUGAGAGCCCUUGCCGGCUGCAUGGCCGCUUCUACCUGUACACUGACUGUUUUGUGGCCCAGUUGGUGGUCCGGUUGGGCUUGCAGGCUUUCCUCAUUCACCUGCUGCCCCAUGUCCUUCAGGUACUGGCUGGGGUGGAGGCCUCCCAGGAAGAGAGCAAAGGCCUGGUUGGAACCACUGAAGAUGAGGAAAGUGAGCUCCCAGGGCCUGGGCCUGGCUCAUGUGCCUUUGGGGAGGAGAUUCAGAUGGACGGGGAGCCUGCUGCUUCCUCAGGACUGGGACUCCCAGACUACAGGUCAGGUGUCAGCUUUCAUGACCAGGCUGACUUGCCAGACACAGAGGAUUUCCAAUCUGGACUUUAUGUGGCUGAAUCUCCACAGCCCCAGGAGGCUGAGGCCGUGAGUCUGGGCCAGCUGAGUGACAAGAGCAGCACUAGCGAGACCUCACAGGGUGAGGAGCGGGGUGGGGAUGAUGGAGGUGCCCCUGUGGACAAGAACAGCCUGAAGUCAGGUGACAGUAGCCAGGACUUGAAGCAAAGUGAGGGCUCUGAGGAAGAGGAGGAGGAGGAAGGCUGUGUGAUCCUGGAGGAGGAAGAGGAGACGGAUGAUGUCACAGGAACAUCUGAACUCGCUCUGUCUGACACAAUGCUGUCCAUGGAAACGGUCGUGGCUCCUGGUGAUGGGAGAGACAGAGAAGAGGAAGAGGAGCCCUUGACAGAGCAGACAGAAGGCAAAGAACAGAAGAUCCUCCUUGAUACAGCCUGUAAGAUGGUCCGCUGGCUUUCUGCCAAGCUUGGCCCCACGGUAGCCUCUCGCCAUGUGGCCCGGAACCUGCUGCGCCUGCUGACAUCUUGUUAUGUGGGGCCCACUCGGCAGCAGUUCACAGUCAGCAGUGAUGAGAGCCCCCCGCUGAGUGCCGGCAACAUCUACCAGAAGAGGCCAGUGCUCGGGGACAUAGUGUCAGGGCCUGUGCUCAGCUGCCUCCUGCACAUUGCCCACCUAUAUGGAGAGCCUGUUCUCACCUACCAGUACCUGCCCUACAUCAGUUACCUGGUGGCCCCAGGGAGCAACUCAAGCCCCAGCCGACUGAACAGCCGCAAGGAGGCAGGGCUGCUGGCGGCCGUGACGCUGACUCAGAAGAUCAUCGUGUACCUCUCAGACACCACCCUCAUGGACAUCCUGCCCCGCAUCAGCCAUGAGGUCUUGCUGCCUGUGCUCAGCUUCCUCACCUCUCUUGUCACAGGGUUCCCAAGUGGGGCCCAGGCCCGGACCGUCCUGUGUGUGAAGACCGUUAGUCUCAUCGCCCUCAUCUGCUUGCGAAUCGGACAGGAGAUGGUUCAGCAGCACCUGAGUGAGCCUGUGGCCGCCUUCUUUCAAGUCUUCUCUCAUCUGCAUGAGCUAGGGCAGCAGGAUCUGCAACUGGAUCCUAAGGGCUGUCCUGAGGGCCAACUGCCAGAGGCCACCUUCUCUGAUGGGCAUCGACGGCCAGUGGACCCCACCGUGCUGGAAGAGCUGCAGAAGGUGUUCACCCUGGAAAUGGCGUACACAAUCUACGUACCCUUCUCCUGCCUGUUGGGUAUUGCCCAUCACGUUCCUUUGCACAGCGUUGGUGACAUCAUCCAGAAGAUCAUCCCCAACCAUGAGCUAGUCGGGGAGCUGGCAGGGUUGUAUCUGGAAAGCAUCAGCCCAAGCGCUCGAAACCCAGCCAGCAUGGAGCCCACUGUGCCUAGUGCCGGCCCUGAUUGGGACCCUCAGAGUGGGAGCUGUCUCCAGGAUGAUGGACACUCAGGGACCUUUGGGAGUGUCCUGGUUGGAAAUCGCAUCCAGAUCCCUGAGUCUCAGCCUGAGAGUCCUGGACUGCUGGGCCCCAUCUCUGGAGUGGGUGGUGGGGGUCUCAGCAGCAGGAGUGAAGACAAUGCCCUGAAGCGGGAGCUGCCCCGGAGUGCCCAUGGGCUGAGCGGGAACUGGCUGGCAUACUGGCAAUAUGAGAUUGGUGUGAGCCAGCAGGAUGCCCACUUCCACUUCCACCAGAUCCGCCUGCAGAGCUUUCUGGGCCACACAGGAGCUGUCAAAUGUGUGGCUGCCCUGAGCAGCGAGGACUUCUUUCUGAGUGGCAGCAAGGAUCGUACUGUACGCCUCUGGCCACUAUACAACUAUGGGGAUGGGACCAGUGAGACAGCCCCCCGCCUCAUCUAUGCCCAGCACCGAAAGAGUGUCUUCUACGUGGGCCAACUUGAGGCCCCUCAGUAUGUGGUGAGCUGUGAUGGGGCUGUGCACGUCUGGGACCCCUUCACAGGGAAGACCCUUCGCACUGUGGAUCCUUCAGACAGCCGGGUGCCCCUGACCGCUGUAGCUGUCAUGCCUGCCCCCCACACCAGCAUCACCAUGGCUAGCUCUGACUCCACCUUGCGCUUUGUGGACUGCAGGAAGCCUGGCUUGCAGCAUGAGUUCCGACUAGGUGGAGGGCUAAACCCUGGGCUUGUUCGCUCCCUGGCAGUCAGCCCCAGUGGCCGUAGUGUUGUGGCUGGCUUCUCCUCGGGCUUCAUGGUGCUGUUGGACACCCGCACAGGCCUGGUUCUACGAGGCUGGCCAGCCCAUGAAGGAGACAUUCUACAGAUCAAGGCCAUAGAGGGCAGCAUGCUAGUCAGCUCGUCUUCCGACCAUUCCUUGACUGUGUGGAAGGAGCUGGAGCAGAAGCCCACACACCACUACAAGUCAGCGUCCGAUCCCAUCCACACCUUCGACCUGUAUGGCAGCGAGGUGAUCACUGGCACUGUAGCCAACAAGAUUGGUAUCUGUUCCCUGCUUGAACCACCCUCUCAGGCCACCACGAAGCUCAGCUCCGAGAACUUCCGUGGCACACUCACUAGCCUGGCCUUGCUGCCCACGAAACGCCACCUCCUGCUGGGCUCAGACAAUGGCAUCAUCCGCCUCCUGGCAUAGGUCCAGGCAGGAGUUGGCUAAAGGCAGAGGUGAGAUGACACCCCUGAUCUUCUUGAUCUCUCAGCAGCUCCCUUUAUGCAAGCCCCAGGCCCUGGGUGCCCACAUGGCCUGCCAUCUGGGAUCACACAGCUCCUGAAUCUCCAAGGCCAUGAAGUGGCUUCAUUCCUGAAACUCGGGAGAUGUUGUUUUAACCAGCAAGAAGGGGAACAGGGAAAAGCACCAUGAUCCCCAUUGUUCCCCAACUCCACCUUCUGGAAUCACAAGGACAGGGAAGCUCCAGGAAAUGAAGGGAGAUGGGUCUUGCUCAGCCAGUUUCUUCUAGCCAACUUCUCCCCAGCUCUGUCUACCAAGGAUAGGAAACUACUCCUACCCAGGGUACUGAUGGUACCUGGACUCCAUCCUAAGGAGGGCUGGCCAUGACCCAGGAGUUUAAGGGCUUUGUCUGGGGUUUCAGUAUCCACUCUGCCAGGUCUUCCCAGUGUGGGACCAGAAAAAGGGGGGAAAGGGGAAGCAGGGCCAGAGAAGAGGUUACAUGGCCCCAGCUGGUCCAGAAAUGAAUCCAUGCCUUGCCUUGGUGCCCCUAACCACAGUGUUUGUGCCUUGAGCCAGGGAGGCAGCCCUUGGGGCCAGCACCCCUGGGGAGAAGGGGCAACAGGAAUCAUCUCUGCAUCUCAGGUCCCUCCCAGGAGAAGGGAAGAUCCUGGCAUCUCUUGAGUCCCCAUUUAGAGGAGAGAAGCAGUCUGAGAUGUGGCCCCUGCUGCCUCCUCACUGUUUGCAAUUCAUGUAAAUAUGAUCAAUAAAUUCUUUGGAAGAGCCAUGGAGCUGA